AUGGCGGCCCUCUCAACAUUACUCCCAAAGCCAGUUCAUUCGACCAUUGAAGUGGAUGACGAAGAGGAGGUGCCAACCCAAACUUCAAAUGCCGUCGUGCCGGCCUCCCGUGUGCCACCUUAUGGGCAAAGAAAAGGAUGGAGACCUGGUCCAGAUGAUUUUGGAGACGGAGGCGCUUUUCCAGAGUGCCAUAUCGCGCAGUAUCCACUUGGAAUGGGCCGAAAGAAGGCAUCUGCCGGGAAUACGCUCGCGUUGACCGUAGACGCAGAAGGCAACGUCCGGUACGAUGCGAUAGCUAAGCAAGGCCACGACUCGGACCGCAUCGUCCAAUCUCAAUUCAAAGAUCUCGUCCCACUUGCGCAUCGUACGGAUCUCGAUGAAAAUGCCCAGAAAAUGGAACGCCCGUCGCAAGAGGACAUCGACGCCACGACAGAGCGCACCCGACUGGCCUUGGAGAGGCUCGUGAAUGGAAAAAUCAAGGCUGCACAGCCUAAAAAUGUUCCAGAGAGCGGUGGAAAGUCCUCGUUUGUACGAUAUACACCCGGACAACAGCAAGGCGGCAGCGGAUUGAACCAGAGAAUCAUCAAGAUCACCGAAGUCGCAGAGGAUCCGCUAGAACCCCCUAGAUUCAAGCAUAAGAAGAUACCUCGUGGUCCCCCCAGCCCGCCUGCCCCCGUCUUGCGAAGUCCUCCACGAAAGGCUACGGCACAAGAGCAGAAGGAGUGGAUGAUUCCUCCGUGUAUAUCCAACUGGAAGAACAACAAGGGUUAUACAAUUCCACUUGACAAGCGAUUAGCUGCCGACGGUCGAGGUUUGCAAGAUAUUCAUAUCAAUGACAACUUUGCGAAGUUUUCCGAAGCAUUGUAUGUCGCUGACCGAGUCGCUCGUGAAGAAGUGCGACAGCGAACACUCAUGCAACAGAAGCUAGCCGAAAAGGAAAAGGCCAGCAAAGAAGAAAAUCUACGUAUGCUCGCGCAACGUGCUCGUGAAGGUCGAACGGGCGUAGCUUCGACCGCGAAACCGACUGCCGCUGCCAACGCCGCGUUCCAGAGUUCGCUGGGCCAGUAUGGUGAUAGUGACUCUGAUGAGAGUCCUGGAAGUGAAGACGAAGACAAGAGGGAUGAAAGUGAAGAGGAUGAAGCCGUUCAGAUCCGAGACAAAAUGCGACGCGAAAAGAGGGAAGAGCGGCAGCGCGAGAUGCGACUGAGCAACAUGGGAACAGAACAGCGCAUGAAACAACUCGCGAGACAACAAAAUCGCGACAUUUCCGAAAAGGUGGCUCUGGGACUUGCAAAGCCAACCAUGUCCAAAGAAGCCAUGAUUGAUCAGCGACUCUUCAAUCGGGAAACACUCUCUAGCUCAUUUGCAGACGACGACUCGUACAAUUUGUACGACAAGCCGCUCUUCCAUGGCUCGACGGCUGCAGCUGCUAUCUACAAGGCUCGUGGACCGGUAGCCCAAGGUAAUGACGAAGCAUUUGGCGGUGGAACGGAAGAGGGUAUCACAAAGGCCCUUGACAAUGAUCGUUUCGGUCUCGGCACUGCUGGCAAGUUUGGCUUUGAAGGUGCCGCAGAUCAAGAAGUCAGAGAUGGUCCUGUACAAUUCGAAAAGGAUACCAGCGACGUCUUUGGCGUCGACCAAUUCUUGGACCAAGCCAAACGUGGCCAGAAGAGAGGGCUAGAUACCGACGCUGAGGGUGCGAGAAAGCGACGGCAGAUGGACAAGGCUGACGAAGACUGA